GUGUGUGUGUGUGUGUGUUUGCAACAUCCGCCUGGCAGCAGGAGAAGCGAGUGAUCCUGUCUCUGAUCAUCACGGAUUUCUCUGUGCGGAUCACAGCAGCUCCAGCUGUAAUUUACCGGAAGCCUCUGUCAGCGGAUCACGGCCCAGCCGAGGAAGUGGUGGUGUGCGACCACAGUCUGGAGAUUAACGUGACGUCCAGCCUGGAGCUGUUUCUGAGCACAGACCAGGCCAACAUGAUGCUAACGAGCGCAGACGACACCGCAGCGGACAGUUGAAGGUGGACAUCAGUCGGCCGGUGAGAGUCAGUCCCACUCUGGUUAAGAUUGAACAGGCGAAGGUCUUCUAGAAGAGACUCUUUCCUGAGAGGGAGCCCAGAACACCUGCAGGCUCCACCCACUGCUGCAGCGAAGCCCCGCCCACAGCCGACCUGCUGCUGCACUCUCUGCAGUCGCCCGUUCCCUUCCACAAGAUCUCGCUGCGCACGGUGCAGAUGGUGGUCGGUCUGGAGAUGGAGGCGCAUGCGGCGCGGCCCAGUCUGACGCUGUCUGUGUCGGCCAUGACGGGUGCUCUGACGCUGAAGAACGCCGCCAAACCCGCAGAUGGUUUUAAGGAGGUCUGUCUGUCGGUUCAGUGUGAGGACGUGUUGGUGCAGAUGGGUCUGAAGGACAGAAGUGCAGUGUUUGUGGGUCCGUUCUCCUGCAGUGCAGAUCUGGAGGCUCAUUGGUGCAGACACAGCGGAAGCUCCGCCCCCGACUCACCUGGACCCCCGAGAGUGUUGAUUGACAUGAAUGGAGGCCUGCUGCAGGUGUUUUGGGGGCAGCAGCAGUUUAACUGUUUGUCUGAGAUUCAAGAGCAGCUGCAGAACUACUGGAAUCAGAUGAGCAGAACAGAGGCGGAGUCUAACGAGAAGCCCCUCCUCUCUACACCGCCACCCACCCCUCACCCCGCCCAAUCAGAACACUCCUCUGAUGACCUGCGCACAGGCAUCUUCCAGUACAUACAGGACUCAGCAUGUCAGAAGCUGCCGUCGCCUCAUGAGGUGGUGUUUUGGAGGGAGAUGGACGAGUCUCCAGGUGUGAUGCUGUGGCGGUAUCCUCAACCGCGUGUGAUCACGUUCCUCAGGAUCACACCUGUUCCUUUCAACACCACUGACGACCCGGACAUCAGUACAGCCGAUGUCGGGGACGCGCUGCAGGUGAGCGCUGCAUUAGUGCUGCAGGUGAGUGAUGCAUUGGUGCUGCAGGUGAACGCUGCAUUAGCGUCGUAG